UUCGAAUUCCGCGCUGCGGGGCACUCCGUAACGAACGAGCGCACUCUUCCUCGCCUACUGUAGCAGCACCAUGGCAACACAGCCUCUAUCUCCAUCCAGCAUCGCAAGCGACCUUUCCUUUGUGGAACAUGAGGACUACUUGUCGUCGGAUUGCUUCUCGGAACCGGGAUCGGAAGGCCCGAUCGGUCCCAUGAUUGGAUUGGGACAACCCCAUGUGGCGCCGCUCGGCCGAACAACGAUCAAAUUGCCCAAGUUGAAUCCUGGGCACAUGAACAUUGCGCGAGAACGGCAGCUUGCCCUAAACAUGAUCGGUUCCGCCCAGCAGAAAAUGGUGCCGUCGUACAUUGCCAACAAACCGCCACCGGUUGGCAAGCGCAGCCAGAAUCGGUAAACUCCAACGUCUUACUAUGACACACGAACGCAUACACGAGAAUGACGCUGGGCAGGUAUUUCAACGAUCACCACUUUGGCAACCGCGCGGCGACGGCGACGUUGGACGAGUUGAUGGAACACAUGAGUGUGUCGGUGGAAUGGAAGAGUAACUUUGAAGAGUUGGCUCGACCUGAAAACCAAGAGUUGGCAGAAGCCUUUCGCAGCGUCAAGGAGCCUACCCACGCGCGCUCGAAUGCCUCGCAGAACGGAACCCAUCGCGCCAAACCCUCUGUCGACUGGACAGAGGCGGACGACAUGUUCACACGUGUGGACAAGCGCGCUCGGUCCAUCCUUCUGGCGUCGUUUGUGUCCAUGCAAGAGUACGUCCACGCCGUCGAGCAGGUCGUCGUCCAUUUCGUGCAGUGGAACCAAGUGUUGCCAUCCGAGGAUUUCUCUCCAACGUUGGUCAACUGGCUUGCGGCGCCCAUCACGAUUGACGUCGUGACACCGAUGGUGCGCGACUCGAAGGCGGCGGGAGGUCGAGCCAAGCCGGCCAAGCACGACGAAACGGUGCUUGUGGUGCCGCUGCUCGAGUCUCCCUUCCACCGCCUGCUCAUCCACGCCACGUGCCAGUUCUAUGGCCUCCUCUCCAAAAGCCAUUACAACCCAACGCAAAAGUGCAAACUCAUGCGCAUCCGUCGGCCUUCCAAGCGCCACCGCCACCCCGGCAUGGCCGUGUCCAUGUCGGCGUACCUGCAGCAUUGCCGCGGCCUGCUUCCUGUCGCCAACCAGGACGACGAUGUCGCAUGUGACGACAGCGGGUUCUGUCUCGUCGCGGCAACCGAGGCCAUUGCCGUCUAACUACACCUUUUUGCGGUUAAUUUCAGCUUUUUUUCACUGUACUUCGCUUAGCUUGCAGUAUAUUUCACGAGACCACCGAUAUAUUUCGGUUCUCUCCAUUUAAUUUCGUAAACACGUCAAACUUCAG